GUCAGAGCAGCAGCUCCCAGCCAGCGCAGCUCUCUCCGGUCGCUGUACGGAGGGACGGGAGCUGAUGUUUCAGCUUUGUCGUCUUUUCCCGGAUUUACUUUCACCGAGUCAAGAUGAGACUCCUCUUACUUGUUGCUGCUGCUCUGCUGAAAGAAAGUCUAGCGCUUCCGGUGGUAAAAGAGGGGCAGAGAGAAGAUUUGGUAGCACGAUGUUUGGUUGAAGUCCUGUCCAAAGCUCUCUCCAAACCAGACUCUCAGUUGGAUCAGGAAUGCAAAGACAUUCUCCAAGCAGGGGUCAAAAAUGCUCCACUGAACAAGAAGAGUGGGGAAGAGAUUGUACCUCAGCCAGAGGGAGUCAAAGGUCAUACCGAGGAGCCUCUGGUGAAGGCAGCAGAUGUCAGAGAUAUUGAGGCACUCUUAAAAUCUGUGGAAGAAAAAAGAGAAAACCCAGAAGAUGAGCGCAGCCAAGAAUCCUGGAGUUUAGGUGAUGAGAAGGACAAGAGGCAUGAGAAGGAAGAGGAAGAGGAGCGGGAAAAAAGGAGCAACUGGAAGCCUGGAAGAUUCCACCAGAGGAGGCACAAACGAGGUGAAGAAGAGGAAGAUUAUGACCGCAGUCAGGAGAGUUGGGGAAUAAUGGAAAAAAGAUCAGAGGAUGACGAAGAGGAGGAAGAAGGUGAGGAAAGAGAGAAGAGGAAAUGGAGGCCUGGGAGAUACCACCAAAGAAGAAAUAAGCGAGAUGAGGAAGAAGGGGAAGAGCCAGAAGAAGAACGUAGUCAAGAGUACUGGGAUGUAGACAAAAGGCAGGAGGAUGAGGAGGAGAGAUAUAAGCGCAUAUGGAAACCCACACAUCGCUAUCAUCAUAAGAGAAAGCUUCACAAACGCAGCGAUGAGCCGACAGAGGGUGACGGAUAUGAGGAUCGCAGCCAGGAAUCUUGGGAUCUUGACAAGAGGGACUGGAGGCCUGGCAGGUAUCACCAAAGGAGACACAAACGGGAGGACGAGCUGUCAGAAGAAGUUAGAGAAGAGCCAGAUGAGGAACGUAGCCAGGAGUCCUGGGAUUUUGAUACUGGGAGGGAAAAGAGGGAAUGGAGGCCUGGCAGGUAUCACCAGAGGAGACACAAACGGGAUGAAGAGCUAUCAGAGGAAGCCAGGGAAGAGCCAGAUGAAGAGCGGAGCCAGGAGUCCUGGGAUGUUGAUACUGGGAGGGAAAAGAGGGAAUGGAGGCCUGGCAGGUAUCACCAGAGGAGACACAAACGUAAUGAAGAAAUAUCAGAAGAAACUGGAGAAGAGCCAGAUGAAGAGCGCAGCCAGGAAUAUUGGGAUUUUGAUACUGGAAGAGAAAAGAGGGGCUGGAGGCCUGGGAGGUAUCACCAAAGGAGACACAAACGGGAUGAAGAGCUGCCAGAGGAUGCCAGGGAGGAGCCAGAUGGAGAACGCAGCCAAGAGUCCUGGGAUUUCGACACUGGAAGAGAAAAGAGGGGCUGGAGGCCUGGCAGGUACCACCAGAGGAGACACAAGCGAGAUGAAGAGCUUGCAGAGGGAGAGCCAGAAGAGGAACGCAGUCAGGAGUCCUGGGGAUUUGACAAAAGACAUGGAAAAGAAGGGAGUGAAGUAGAAAAGCGGGUAUGGAAACCAACACACCGGUACCACCAUAAAAAGAAAUUUCACAAGCGUGAUGGAGGAUCAUCAGAAGAAGAGGAAGAACAGGGAGAGGAAUCAGAGGAUUAUGUAGAAGAGGCAAAGGACAGAGAUGAAGCUCUAAGGUAUCUGGCCGAAAAGCGCAAUCCUUGGAUUUACAGAGGCUACUACCACCCUGCCUGGUUUAAAAGGGACUCAGAUGAACAUGCUGCAACUUCAGAAAAGAUGGAGGAACUGGCCAAACUGCUGAGCUAUAAGAUAAACCAGCUGGGUAACCACUCGACUCAAGAGGAGGCAAAAAGGAGCUCACUCCAGAGGACACUUACUCCACAGGAGGAGAAAGAGUUGGAGAACCUGGCAGCAAUGGACCUGGAGUUGCAGAAGAUUGCGGCAAAGUUGCAUGACAAGACUGCAUAAUCCCAGAGUAGUUUCUGCUAUCAG